UACUAGGAUUUAUUAUUAUUAUUGUUAUCCAAACGAGAAUAGUGUAUAUUCUCAUUUAUCCCCGUGAAACCAAAAAAAAAUCAAAAUCAAAAUCAUGAGAUAGUUAGUUCGUUGAAGUGAUCUGCAGAGAGAGAGUGAGUGAGCAAAUAUCUCACUGUACACACAAUGAACAUGACAUAACUAGUCUGUUGGUGUUAAAAUAGAAUGUUUAAAUCAAAAUAUGUCGGUUCAUAUGAACACCUGUCACGUGAAUGGGAACCGCCACGACCACCACGACGACCUCCACCAUUACCGCCACGUAUUCCACAAGAAUAUGAUCCAUAUAUUGGUCCAGGCAAAUGGAAUAGAGGACGUAUCCGAUGGUUUAAUACAAUGGAACAUUUUGGUAUCAUUGUAGCGGAUUUUCGUAAUUUGGAAAUAUUUUUUCAUCAAUCUAAUGUCUAUGGAAUCAAUCCAGACCAGUUGUAUCCAGAUUUACCAGUUUGGUUUCAAAUACGUCCAGGUGUACGAGGUUUAGAAGGAUAUAAUAUUCAACCAGCAGUUGAAAUGAGACAAUUAGCUUCAACAUCACGAAUUCAAUGGUCUGAGCCAACAGUUUGUCAACCAUCAUUUGGUGCAUUUGGUGCUCAACCAUUCAGAAUGAGAAGAUUGCCUGAACGUCGUAGAACAAGACGAUUUCGAUGUUAUAACUGUGGACAAUAUGCUUCACAUAAAGCUGCCACAUGUCCAUAUGAACCAAUGCGACGACGUUGUUAUCGAUGUCGUGAUCCAACUCAUCUUAUAGCACAAUGUCCAUUAUUAUUAGCGCAUACACAAUCAUCACUAUCACACCAACAACAACCUCAACAACGUUAUUUACUACCUGGACCAUCGACUAUACAAGUACCGCCACAAUUCCCAGCACCACGUACACAAAUACCACAACCAUCGUUGAGAACUACAACAACAGCAGAAGAACAGCAACAACAACAACAGCCAACUAUGCAAUAUUUUUUUCCACCAGGAUUUGGUGACGAUGGUGAUGAUGAUGAUGACCAUGACCAUGAUAACGAUGUUUAACACGGGGCGGUAAUUUAAAAAAAGACUAACGAAUAGUGUUUGUUGUUCAAAAUAUACUACAUAUUUCUGUGAUAUAUAUACACAUAUAUAUAUGCAAUUCACCAACAUGAGCAACAUAAUAUCAAGUGAUUGAUUUGAUAUUCUC